CUUGCUAUUUGAUCUUCAUUAUAGUGAUAAAAAAAACAAACUACAACAUCAAAGUUUGACUGACUUUGCUACUUUGUUCUGGUGUAUGUGCGGGGUGGACAAGCUCUGAAUGACAGAGAGGGAGAAAGAGAGAGGGCUCGCGCUCCCUCCCACCGCUCGUGCGCACCGACCGUGACUGCGCUCCCUCUUUCCCACAUUCAAACAUGGCGAAACUCUUUGACAUUAUACCACCACCAUCACCCUCAUCCUCCUCCACUUCAUCGUUACCAUCACCACCAACACCGCCGUCAUUAUCUUCACCAUCACCAUCACCACCAUUAUCUCCGGUACCGUGAUGACCCGGGAGGAUGGAGAAGUUGUCGGCGAGCCUGUCGGAGAUCACUUGGAGCCCGUUGGCGCUGCCUUUGGACGCGGUGGUCAGCAAGUUCCGUCUGCCCACUCUGGUCCGCCUGGCCCACGGUGAAUGUGUGGAGGGUCUGUCGGAGGAGGAUGUGGUGCUGUUACACUCCUGUCGUCAGUGGACCACAGUGACUGCCCACAGCUUAGAGGAGGGACACUACGUUAUUGGACCCAAGAUAGACAUCCCUCUGCAAUACCAGGGGAAGUUCAAGUUGUUGGAUGAAGACCGAGACGUCAGGGAUCCAGUCCAGUAUUUUUCCAGUGUGGAGGAAGUUGCUGGAGUCUUCCCUGACAGGGUCUUUGUCAUGGAGACGAUCACUUUUAGUGUCAAGGUGGUUUCAGGGGAGUUCAGUGAGGACAGUGAGCCCUACAGCUUCACUCUGCAGGCUGGAGAUGAGCUGUCACUCAUGGGGAAGGCGGAGCUUCUCUGUGCCACACCCUCUAAGGAAAAGACAGGACUGAGCGCACUCUUGAGACGCCUGGGAAAGACUCCUAGAAGUAAAACUCCCUGCCUGGUCUGUAUGAACCAUCGUACCAAUCAGAGCGUCAGCCUGCCCUUUGGCUGCCGUGGACGCUUUUGCACACGCUCCCCUCUGGAACAAGGCAUGCUGGGAGGGGAGCACACAGUACGGAGCAUCAUCGAGAGGGUUCGCCUCCCUGUCAAUGUGUCCGUGCCUUCACGACCACCACGAAACCCCUACGACCGCCAUGCGGUCCGAGAGGGCCACCGCUACAAGUUGCUCAACAUCGUCAGCAAGACGGUAGUGCUCUGCAUGGUACUCCGCCAACAGGAAGUCUCCCCCUCCCACUUCCUACUGCUGCGUUGCAUGCCCCGGUUCAACGUGGCCGAGGCCUCCGUCCACACGGCGGCGCUAGAGAGCCUCCUAUUGCGGUACGCAUUCGACCCAGAUGCCUACUCUCGUGCCGUUAGAGAAACCCGGCCAGAGCUGGAGUGUAUGACAGAGGAGUGUGUGAGCCCGCGGCGCUCUCGCGUGUGUGUGUCGGGUCAGGACUCCUUGGCACCGGCACUGCAGCACCUCUCCAUGUGCGGGUACGGGGGUGGGGUUUCGGACAGCCUAUCACACCGCUUCAGGGACUCUCUUGGAGAGCGGCUGGGGGAGGGACCAGGUGAGGAGCGGGAGUAUGUGACUCCUGAGUGGACUGAGGCUGAAAUGAGGACCAAUGAGGAAAUCCCUUAUGAGGAACUCUGGACCAAUCAGAACGCAGAGGGCUUGGGGAAGGAGCCAAACCUCAUCUCCUUCCAUUCGUCUUCCUCAUUGGAUGGUUCUCUUGGUACCGUGUUGACAAGAGUGUCUACCCCGCCACCAGUACCUCCAAAAUCUGAUGCUGUGAGAGAGGAGUGUCGCUACUUGAUCGCCCCUCCGGUUCCCCCUCGCUGCUCUAAAGGAGGCUCCAUCUCUAGUCCGGCCCCCAGCCCUCCCGUCCCACCUCGCUUCCCCAAAACCUCCACCUCCCCGAGACCCAACCUCUCCUUCUACUCCUCUGGACUUCAGGACAGCUGCUCGCCCUCACCAGAUGCUUCCCUCUACUGUUACCCGUGCUCCUGGGCGGACUGCCCCGCCCCUAACCCUGCCAGUCCUGAGCCAGUCUCUGUCAUCCCUGCAGACAACACAGCCAAUCCUCAGCCAGCACAGGCCACCUGGGCAGAGCCAUGGGUAGAUUCCUUCACCUCCUCCGGACCUCGACUGAAGCCGCCACCUCCACAGAGUCGAUUUGCUCCCUUCGGGGCGUUGAACCCCUUCAACCGCCAGUCCCCUUGCCCCUCACCUGAGCCCACUGCCAAUAGCACGACAGAUUCCUCCAGAGGUGCAGAAGGAGGUGGGACAUCCACAGGGGUCAAUGAAGGGUUGUCCCCACCCUCUGACCCCACCUGGCGGCCUCCUGCUGACCUGUCUGUGCUGUCAUUGGAGGAAGUGUCGGCCUGCCUGCGGUUCAUCGGCCUAUCAGAGGCAGCGGUGGCCGUAUUCCAGAGGGAGCGAAUCGACGGCAGCCUCCUGGUGCAGCUGACUGAGGACAUCCUGUCACAUGACUUCCACCUGAGCCGACUCCAUGUCACCAAGAUCACACAGUUCAUACAGGGUUGGAGGCCCAAGAUCUAACACACACACACACACACACACAAACACACACAUGCACACACACACACACACACACACACACACACACUGUCCAAUGUGCCUGUUGGCUACUGAGCCAUCCUGAAUGUGCCUUCCACUGUGAGCAACUGGCUGCUGAGCCCCACUGACUCAAGCUGAGACUUUGCUGAAGGAAACCACGCCACCCUGUGGUCAAACUGUAGAACUGACACUUGACUGGCUCUCAUGCCAGGAGUCUGACAGACUGACUGCAUAUUUCCUGUCUGAAUCACAGACUGGGACUAGUUUACUAACAAAUGGCUACGACAGAGAGCUAUAUGACGAAAGUGCAGCAUUGUUUCAUUUUUGGGUCACCACAAUACAUCUUCAUACUUUGAGACAGCUAAGCACUACAUGGAUUUGUGUGGCUUUCAUGCUGUGGUCCGACAUAAAAUCUGAUAUGAGGGGAAAACAUUUUACAUCAAAAAGCAUUUUGACAAAUGAACAGAAUUUCUGCAGUUUUUACAUAUUGCGUUAUUCACACCACAGAAAGGGUUUAAUGUGACUUUGCAAUAUAAGGGGCGUUAAGGGAUUUACAACCUCUAUUGUUGACCAGUAGGAGAUACAACAGCACAGAUGUAACACUUAACCUGUUCCCUACCUGAGUCUCUUGCACAGCCUUCUUCAUCUGUCUUAGUGAGCUUCAAUGAACUGUAAUUAGCAUAAAUGUCAACAAAAUGUGGGUUUCUUAGGAGAUAAGAAAGAGCUAGUUGUUUAAAGCUAAAUAAAAAAAGAAAAAUGCAGAAAAUCUGAAAGUCAGAAAUCUUACCUCCCAGUGAAGUAAUUAUUGAGUUUCUGGUACUGAUCAAUGAUUCAUUGAACUCUCUCUGAAUAUACAGUAUUCUGUAUCAGGGCCAUUUUGUGCUUUGGGACAGUGAUAUUUUUAUUAACAUUCCCUUUAAGGGUAACACAAGAUGUCCUUCUGUCUGUAGUCAGAUACACAGAUGUGUUGCCAUGCUAUAAUAGAAUCUUUGACUGCCUCAGAAAUAGACUUCUCAAAAUGUACCUCAGAUCACUUGUUCAGAUAUGCUUAAUUUAGCCAUGCAUAAUAUAAUAAAUGAAAUUACACUAAAGUAAUAUGUUCACAUAGCUUUUUUUUAUAACUUCUUCAUUAUGCACUACUAGACAGAAAACACACUGGUGAUGCUUGAAAGUAAUAGGUCCAGAAAAUAAACGACAUAACGACAUGUCCAAAGCCCCAUGAGAGACGAUACAGUUAGAAACUGUUGAAGGGUUACUAAGGUUGCAUCAGAUAUUAAAACUGUUGUAAUUGUCCAGUUCUUAAACCAUAAAAAUGAUUAAUUUAAUAGGAAGUUAAUUUUCUGAAGUGAGUUGAGGGAAAUUUCGAUGGGCAUUUUUCACUAUUUUCUGACAUUUCAUAGAUCAAAUGAGUUACUAAUCAAAAAAAUGAAUUUCAAAUCCUACCCAAAAUCAUUGAAAAAUGAAUGAAUGGUACAAAAUGAAAAAUGUAUAAAUUAUGCUAUAGAUUUGAUCUAUUGUGGCUGAAAAUACAAAAACCUAAAAAUCAUACAAACCCCGAGUCUCUCUGUUGAGACAGCAACAAAAUGACCAGAUGCCAGAAUUACUAAAAAAUGUUGUUCCUACUGAAUCCAGACAUCAGCAGAUAGAGAGGUAGAAGUUUCCCUCCAGCUGUCAAAAUUAAACUGGGCCUGCUUUAUGAGUUUUACUCAUGUAUCCAGCUUUAAUAGGGGUACAAACUAUUUCUUCAUACAUUCUUCUGAUGAUAGUAAUGUGAUAUAACCAGGGACAGUAGCCUCAGCUACACUUAGGGUUAUUUCAGGAACCAAGAUCAUCCAAGUUAACCAGAUAUCUAUUUAAAGUUUUGUUAUGUGUAAUUUAAAUGUCAAAGUAAACUUGUUUAUUAGUUCUUGUGAUUCUCUCGUUGUCAUACAAGCUGCUGUUCUCUCAUAAUGUCUGAAAUAAUCCUCUCUAAAUUCCACAACAUUCCCAAGAUUUGAUAGGCUGACCUGCUACUGAUGCCAAGUUUCUCAAAACUGUUUCUCAUGGCAUCGCACAAACUCCGCUAGUCCUCUCUCUGUGUGAUCAUGUAACUGCAAGGCCACUGUAAGAAGAGCAAUGAAGAAAUAAACAAGAGAAAACAAAAUAAAUAGAAACUUAAAGACCUCCA